AAUUAAGAAAAAGCAACAGGAAAUAGUGAAACGUGAGCGAGGUUUGUUUACGUGUCCUGCAACGUGGGGUUAAGCAAGCUGGAAUCACAUUUGAGGAUCUUUGCCGGCAUCCUGGGGGAGUUUCAGCUCUUUUAAUAAUUGCUCAUCAAGAUUUGAAGUGUUGCUGAGGGCCUCACCGCCAAGAUGAAUCCGAGUGGCCAAAAUUAUCAAAUGGCCUCGCUGUACGUCGGGGACUUGCACCCCGACGUUACUGAGGCCAUGUUGUUUGAGAAGUUUUCCUCUGCUGGACCGGUGCUUUCCAUUCGUGUCUGUCGUGACAUGAUCACCCGUCGAUCCCUGGGUUACGCCUAUGUGAAUUUUCAACAACCGGCCGACGCUGAGCGAGCCCUGGAUACCAUGAACUUCGAUGUACUGAAGGGCAGACCCAUCCGUAUCAUGUGGUCUCAACGAGAUCCGUCUCUGCGUAAGUCUGGCGUUGGAAAUGUCUUUAUCAAGAACCUUGACAAGAGUAUUGACAACAAGGCCAUGUACGAUACCUUUUCUGCUUUUGGUAACAUCUUGAGCUGUCGAGUUGCCCAAGACGAGACUGGUGCCUCCAAAGGCUAUGGUUUUGUUCACUUUGAGACUGAGGAAGCCGCUAAUAAAUCUAUUGACAAGGUCAACGGAAUGUUGCUGAACGGCAAGAAGGUCUUCGUUGGCAAGUUCAUCCCCCGCAAGGAGCGCGAAAAGGAAUUGGGCGAGAAGGCCAAGCUGUACACCAAUGUGUACAUCAAGAACUUCCCUGAAGAUUUCUCAGAGGAAGCCCUGAAAGACAUGUUUGAGAAGUAUGGAGUUAUUACUAGCCACAAAGUCAUGAGCCGCGAUGAUGGUAAAUCUCGUGGCUUUGGAUUUGUUGCCUUUGAAGAUCCUGAAAGUGCUGAGAGAGCUGUUGAUGAACUCAAUGGAAAAGACAUGGAUGGCAAGCCUCUCUUUGUUGGCCGCGCACAGAAGAAAAUGGAGAGACAAACCGAACUGAAACGCAAGUUCGAGCAACUGAAGAUUGAAAGGCUCAACCGCUACCAGGGUGUGAAUUUGUAUGUGAAGAACCUUGACGACACCAUUGAUGAUGACAGACUUCGCAAGGAAUUUGCGCCAUUUGGAACAAUUACCAGUGCCAAGGUCAUGCUGGAGGAGGGGCGUUCCAAGGGAUUCGGGUUUGUGUGUUUCUCCUCACCUGAGGAGGCAACCAAGGCUGUGACUGAGAUGAAUGGUCGUAUUCUGGUGACCAAGCCCCUCUAUGUGGCUCUUGCCCAAAGGAAAGAGGACCGCAAGGCUCAUUUGGCUUCCCAGUACAUGCAGCGCGUUGCCAACAUGCGCAUCCAGCAGAUGGGUCAGCAAAUCUUCCAGCCCAGCGGUGCGGGCGGUUAUUUCGUACCUACCAUCCCUCAACCUCAACGCUUCUACGGCCCGGCCCAGAUGCCCAUGCGCCCUCAACCCCGCUGGACCACCCAACCUCAAGUCCGCCCCAAUGCCCAAGCCCAACAAGCAGCCUUCCCCAACAUGCCUGGCCCUUACCGCGGCGGCCCCCGCCCUCCAAGUGCUCAACCCGGACCCGGCGGCAUGGGCCGAGCUAUGUCUGCCCGACCCAUCACCAACCAGCAGGCGGCCGGCAUGGCCCAGGGUGCCCGCGGCCCCAUGGGAUCCGCCCCCGCUGUUGUGCCCCAGUCGGCCCAACAGGCCCCCGCCCAAGCUGCGCAGGCUGCUCAGCGCGCCGGCCAGUUCAAGUACACCGCCAACGUGCGUAACCCUGCCCAACCUGGCAUGGGCCCUCAGCAAGGUGCCGCCCAGCAGGCUGUGCACAUCCAGGGCCAGGAGCCUCUGACCGCCACCAUGUUGGCUGUGGCCAAUCCCGACGACCAGAAGCAGAUGCUUGGAGAGCGUCUCUUCCCACUCAUUCAGCGCAUGUAUCCUGACUUAGCUGGCAAAAUCACUGGAAUGUUGCUGGAAAUUGAUAACUCAGAGCUACUUCACAUGCUGGAGCACCAUGAAUCCCUGAAGGCCAAGGUUGAAGAAGCAGUUGCUGUCCUUCAGGCUCACCAGGCCAAACAGGCUAUCAAGAAAGAUUAAAAGAAACAAUACAGCAAAACAAGUUAAAAAAAAAAAAAAUGAUCUACAACCCUACCUGGCAUCCACAACUCAUUUUCGGUUUCUGCACAUUAUUUUAUUUUUCAUUCAGAUGGUUUGAUGACAUCAUGUGGUCCUUUUUUCUGAGGUUUCUUUAAAUUCAGGAUGUGAGCAUCUGUAUGUGUUUUUUGUAUGAAUGUGUGUGAUCGUUUUAUAUGACGGAGUCAUUUGACGGCAAUUAUUCUUUGAUGUAUGUAUUGUUGGUGUGAAUGUCGCAUGUACGCAUUUUGCAUAUGCACAAAUGGAAUGGUGUGGAAUUUAUUCCUACCAGUGAAAAAUGCACUUCAACAUGUCUUCUUCCCAAACUUUGUGUAGAGACUCUAAUCAAAAAGAAAGCUUGUGUGCGUUAAAUUUAUUUUUGUUUUGGAGAAAUAUGUUCAUUGUUUUGUGGAACCUGGACUUUUGGUAUCUGAGGAGAGGCAGAUAUGACGUGUAUUGUAAGAUGCCCUAAGAUACGUGGCGAUUCUCUGCAUAUUGCAUUCGGAGUUUUUUAAUGUGUAUUGCUAUUAAAUGACUUUCAUGAA